UCUGUUCUCUGUCAGCUGGCAAUCGUUUGUUAUUGUUACUGUUUAAAUCUGUUUUAUUUUCAUUUUGUAAAACAAAACUUACAUUGUUAAUAACCUUGUUAUUACGUUAUUUGUAGUAAGCGUAUAGUUAAGUUAAUUGCGUAAUGGCACACAAUAAUAUAAAAUUCUUCAUUCUUACUGGAGAUCCUGGUGUAGGAAAAACGACACUAACAAAGAAGAUAUCAUCCAUGCUUUCCGAGAGUGGUGUUAAAGUACAUGGUUUUUACACAGAAGAAGUCAGAAACAAUCGGGUCAGAGAAGGCUUUGACGCUAUUUCUUUCGAAGGGAAGAGGGGUAGAUUAGCUAGAGAGCAGAGUCUAUUAAAUGUACCCGCGAAGUUUAAAGUCGGUAAAUAUGGUGUUCUUGUGGAAGAAUUUGAACAAGUUGCUCUGCCAUGUCUUUCAAAGGUGUUAGACAAUCAGACAUGUUUGAUAAUAGAUGAAAUAGGGAAAAUGGAAUUCUUCAGUAACUCCUUUAAAUUAAAAAUUAAAGAAAUCUUUAAUCCUAUAUCAAACUAUACAGUUUUAGCAACUAUACCAAUAAGGAGAGGAGAUGCAAUUAUCGAAUCUAUAAGAAAUAAUAGUAAAACAAAAUUAUGGAUGGUUACUAGAGAAAACAGAAAUAAAAUUCAUGUUGAUGUAUUAAAUGAA